CUCCCACUUCCACUGGUCGGAGGAGGUUCAGCACUCCUUUCACUUGUGACCUUGUGGCAAACGUCAAGCAUCAACGCAUGUACGUCACUACGCAGGAAAACCACAACAGACCUUACCAUUACAGAACCAACACUGGUGGUCAGCACGAUAGAGAACACAAGUAACGAGUCUCAGAGAUCUCAGUUUCCAUCUGACCUUACAUCUUCAAGCACAGUGAAGCAGCACCAUGUCUAGCCCAUUCACGAUAACCGACAUCGAGACGAAUCUUUCCUGCCCGGGAGCUUCCUCCUUCGUGCAGAUACAGCUUAACGAUCUGGCCGACUAUCCGCUGGCCAGCUCCCCACCAGCACCAGCGAUCGUUCCCGCAAAGUUUCGCAACUAUGCAGAGCAGGUGCGUAACUUCCAGGUGUACGAAGAUGACGUGUGGAUCGUGACGUAUCCAAAGUGCGGUACCACCUGGACGCAGGAGAUGGUCUGGUUGAUCGACCAUGACCUAGACUACGGAACGGCUCGCGACGUCAAUCUCAACACUCGUUCAGUGUUUCUCGAAAUCGGUGCCAUUGCGGACAAGAUUCCGGUGGAUACGGUUACCGCUGCCGCUAACCUGAAGCGCCCACGGCACAUAAAAUCUCAUCUACCGCUCGCACUACUGCCCCGCCAGCUGUGGACCGUGCGACCGAAAGUGGUCUACGUGGCUAGAAAUCCGAAAGAUGUAGCCGUGUCGUACCUUCACCACUACCAGAUGAUUAUGGGCUAUCGCGGCACGAAGGAAGCCUUCCUGGAUGGGUUGCUGGAGGAUCGGGUGAUGUUCUGUCCGCAGGUAAAGCAUGCGCUUGCUUUUUGGACGUUAAAAACCGAACCAAACGUACUGUUUCUUACCUACGAAAGCAUGCGAAGGGACCUAAGAAAGCUACUGCCACGAGUGGCCAAAUUUUUCGGUAAAUCAUACACCGACCGUCAGCUUGAUGAGCUAGCCGUACACUUAUCGUUCGAUGAAAUGAAAAAAAAUCCAUCGACCAACAACGACCAAAUGGUACGCAGCGCGAUGAAAAUGAAUGGCCGUGAAGGAGAACACUUUGAAUUUAUGCGCAAAGGAAUCGUUGGAGAUUUCCGCAAUGAGCUCACACCGGAGUACAUAGAGAGAUUUGAUAGGUUCAUCGAGCAGCAGCUGGCUGGAAGUGAUUUUAAGUACGAUUCGUAGUUGCGCAAAUUCGAUUAAAAAGCCAAUAAAUGUAACAAAUAAAGGGGGAACCUUUUAUCUGAAUUAUA